AUACGAAUCCAUUGCUACCUGUGAAAAUGGUUGAACAUCUCAAAAAGGGCAUUGGAGCUUACGGACAGAUGGUGCAUGUUGAAAAAAUUAGUGCCAGGGUUGCCUGCCAUGUUGAAAUCCCAAAUGAACUGUUAGAGAAAAUGAAAUUUGCUCUGAAAUGUAUUGGAAUUACUAGGUUGUAUAGCCACCAGGCGGAGUCUGUUCGGGCUUCCCUUGCUGGCAAGCAUGUAGUUGUGGCAACAAUGACAUCCAGUGGGAAAUCUCUUUGCUACAAUCUGCCAGUACUAGAAGUAUUGUCCCAGAAUUUGUUAGCGUGUGCUCUGUACCUCUUUCCGACAAAGGUGAUGGAUAUGCUUGGACCUAGUUUAUGGGAUGUUUGGAAUAACGACUCCCACGCGAUGUCCAUUGAAAUGGUUGCCUACAUUGCCAUUGAAGCAAUCUCUAUAUUAGAGAAGAUGCACUCCAGAGGAUAUGUGCAUGGAGAUAUAAAGCCUGAGAACUUUUUGCUUGGUCCGCCAAGGACACCUGAUGAGAAAAAACUGUUCCUUGUUGACCUUGGAUUGGGUGGCGUGAUGGUUCUACUGGUCUACAUGUUGAUUAUGAUCAACGGCCAGAUGUUUUUAGGUACCUAGUAUUUACAGCAAUCCUAUAAAGUGAGCGAGUCAUUUCCAUUCAAGUGGAUAAAUAAAAAAUGGAGGGAAGGAUUCUAUGUAACUGCCAUGGCUACUGCAGGAAGUAGAUGGCCAAUUGUCAUGUCUCGUAGGGCAGGAUUUUUUGAUCAGGUUCAGUUAUAAUUUUUGGAGCUUUGCUCAGUUAGAAAGCCAAUUUUCUGGGGAAGAAAACUCAUGGUAAAUUGUACAAGACUACUUGGCAGUAUAAGCAUUUUUGGGAGGAUUAAAUAUUUUUGGAUGGAUGUGUAUGGAUAACAAAUAUUAGUAGUUUUAUUUGUUGAUAGCUGUGCAUGGAUAACAAAUAGUUAUGUUUCAAAUUGUUAUGCUAGAUGGAUGUGACUUGU